AUGGAUUAUGUAUGUAAUGAUUGUUCAUUUUAUUCUGAAGGUGAACAUGAAAUGAUUUUACAUUUAAAUUCUUUUUGUCAUUCAAAUUCAAGAUUUAAAGAUGGAUUUAAUAAGACAUGUAAUAUUGACAAUUCAGGAGUGCUUGAAAAUCACGUGCUUAGUCAAUGGGAAUUGAAUAAAACAAAUGACAAUACAAUGGAACAUUCAUCUUGUGCAUGCAACAAUAUUUUUGAGAAGGAAGUUGAACAUAUUAAUAAUAAUCAUAAUUAUGAUGUUUCUAAAGCUUUGUCAAAUUUAAAUAUAAAUAAAAUGUAA